UCACUUCCACAUGACGCCAUUUACAGCAUAAACCCGACCUCUUCUCCGGAAAGAGGAAAAAACAAGACGAGAAAAACUUGAAAGCAGCUCACUGCUCAAUGCAACCAUAUAUUCAUCAAGUAUAGCGACGAAUUCUGAGAACUAUCCAAACAGCUUUGGGGUGCGUUUUUUUGUAAACUUUGAAAGCAACUCACUCGUGUUCUCUUGUUUUCUAUUUCUCAAAAAAAGUGGAGCGCCUGCAAGAAACGGUGAUUGAUAAGUUUUUGGCCGUCUUUCGCCUCGUGUUCUCGCGGUGGGAUUUACUCUUUCCCUCUCUUGAAAUGAUCUUGACUCAGGACUAUUAGGCCUACUGUAAACUACAUUAUCGCAGUUUUGGAUUUAACAGAUGGAUUUUUAAAAUUAUUUUAUGUAGGAAUAAACAUUCUGAAUUUGGAUUCUUUUACGCAAAAGGAGGUUGAAUUGUUGAGAAGACGGUGAGUUGUGCUUAGCAUAACGUUGACGUUGUUUUUUCCAGGACUUCAGAUGUGUUCAAUGCCAGCCGGAGGGGUCCUUCUUCAGAGCCAAGAUGGAGACCACAUCACAAAAUGGCAACAACAGCGAUGGCGGUGGUGGAGGGUCGACCAGUUUGCUGCCCACUCUGCAUGACACUGGGAGGCUGCAUCAGCCUUCUCAUGCCCAGGAUGGGCCUCCUGAUCCUGGGGAAAGCCCCGGCCAACAAGCCCUCGUUCUUUCACUGGACCAGAUCCGUGUAACCAGGAGUAGCAAUGAGUACACGGACGGACCUACUGUGGCUCCCAGGCCUCCUGUCUCCCAGCCCAGCCAGCAGAAGAACGACCUGUUGACCCAGGGACUGGUGAACAAUGAACAGUCGGAGAAUCAGGGGCUGAACCAGAGGAACUUACUCUCCCCAAACCAACUCAACACCACACACUCCAUCACUUCCAGAGACACACUCUCGCGUUCCCUUAACUCAGUGGACUCCGGAAGCUGCAUUAGGACCAGUAUCACAGCCUCCGGCCAGAGGCUUCUGGGCAGCCCUGUGGUGGGUGAGCGUAUAAUCCGAACCCAGCCCAAGCGGGUGGAGCCGGAGGAGGACGAGCUGAAGCCUCUGACCACGCCCGUGCCUGGCGGAGACAAAACUGGCGACGGCGCCUCCGGGAAGCACGCCCACCGCUGUGAGACCUGCAGCAGGUGCAAGUGCAAAGAGUGCACGUGCCCCCGUACCCUCCCCUCCUUCUGGAUGUGCAACCGGCGCUGCGUGUGCUCCGCCCAGAACGUGGUGGAGUACGGCAGCUGCGUGUGCUGCAUCAAGGGCCUCUUCUACCACUGCUCCAGCGACGACGAGGACACGUGCGCCGACAAGCCCUUCUCCUGCAGCCAGUCCCACUGCUGCCUUCGCUGGUCGGCUAUCGGAGGCCUCUCGCUGUGCCUCCCCUGCCUGCUGUGCUACCUCCCGGGCAGAGGGUGUCUCGCUGUGUGCCAGAGCUGCUACGACCGUGUCAAGCGCCCGGGGUGCCGGUGUAAGAACACUAAUAUAGUUCACUGUUGGCGUUAAGCGCGGGAGGGGGGGUCUGGGGUUCAUGGAUGAGGAUGACAGCUCCUGUCGACUGAAACCUUCUUCUGUAAUCAGACGUUUAUGGGGGAAUUGGAAAGGCUGUCUACUGUGCCUUGUGUAGUGUUCUUUAUUUCCAUGAAUGGUUCUUACAAGGGAUGCUGUUUCCCCAAGUGCCCUCAUUUUGUAUUGUUGUAAUCAAACUCCCAAGUGUUAGCCCCUUUGACAUUUAAUACAACUGAUAUGCUAUGGACAAACACUCCUGACUAACUGUAUGUGUAUAGUAAUUGCAAAGUAUGUAAAUUAGCAAAUGACUUUCUCAGAGAUAUUUUAUUUUUGUAUAUAUAAUAUUUCAACUGUGAAAAAAAUAUUUUGCCAAACCAGAGGCACCUUGAUAAAUCCAUAUAUAUGAAUUAUAAUACAUGUAUAAUGUUGUACAUUCAUUUGGAAUUUAUAUCAAUCAUUUUAUAUAAUUGCCUUACAAGAGACAAAAUUUACAAAAUUCUUAUCCCUUCAACUCUACUUGUAAAUUGUACAGUGACUCUAUAAGAAAAUCUUUAUUUUCUAAUGUCAACAUUGUUUAGUGUAAAGAAUAUUUAUUUGAAGGUUUAUUAUUUUAUAAUGAAAUAUUUAUUUUGAGAAGCAUCAUAAGGACAUCACCCUGUUAUUGUUGUUGCUGCAAAGUAGGGUGACUUGUAGGGUGUAAAGAUGGAUGCAUAUGUUCACUAUGAAUUAGAAAAAAAUAUAUUAACGUUUGAAAUUAA